AUGGGUGGCCUAAGACAUGCAGUUGCCAGUAUAGCAGGUCUUGAGGCUUACAAGUACAUGAAAUUUGAAGGAGGAGUGCAUCGCGUUCAGCGGGUGCCAAAGACAGAAAAACAAGGACGCAUUCACACCAGCACAAUGACUGUUGCAAUAUUGCCUCAGCCCACUGAGAUGAGGCUGCAAAUUAAUCCAAAAGAUCUACGGAUAGAAACAAAGCGAGCUAGUGGAGCUGGAGGCCAGCAUGUCAAUACCACAGACAGCGCUGUACGGAUAGUUCAUAUUCCCACAGGGAUCAUAUCUGAAUGUCAGCAAGAAAGAUCUCAAAUUAGAAACAAAGAGAAGGCUAUGCAAAUGCUAUGUGCUAAACUAUACAAUGCCAAACUGGAAGAAGAAACCAAAAAGAGAAACACUGUUAGAAAGAUUCAAGUCGGGACUAAAGGAAGAUCGGAGAAGAUCAGAACAUACAAUUUUCCACAGGACCGGAUUACUGACCACAGGAUAAGCAGAUCAGUGCAUCAUAUUGAGUCUUUCAUGCUAGGGGAAGAAAUGCUAGAUGAAAUGAUACAAACUCUGAAAGAAUAUGCUGAUUAUGAAUCUUUAAUGGAAAUUAUUUCAGAAAAUGAAAAGAAUCUGUCCUGAACGUUGCUCUUUGUCAGCCCAUUACAACAGAUGUAGACUUAUUUGCAAAGCAGCUUCUUGGAGCACCACCCAGAAGCAGCAACUGCUUUUCAGAUCACGAAAGACACCACAGCUUGUUUCCUCAUGACUGAUAAAACAGUUUUCCUACUUGCUGAGUAAAA